UGCAAAUUUUUCUCACAGAUUUUUUCCUUCCACUAAACUUUCCACUGAACAUAUCCAAGCGGUUUCUUCAGUAGUGACCUUUUUGCAGCUCUCCCUCCCAUAACGGGACAUUUCUUCUUUAAAAACACAGUCACGUUCUUGUUUCCUGGAUAUUUUUAUUGUUUUGUGAGGAAACUUUCCGCUCAAAUUAACGCAACUUGAAACAUGUCCCCCUGCGUGGCCUGCGUGGGGUUUUUGAUGGGAAUUAAUGAAAUAAAUGCGGGUUUGGGUGAUUCGUGGAGACGCACCUGUGUUUGUUUCCUAAUUAUCGCGGAUGAAAGCAGCCAAUCACCGCAUCAAACCGCCAGUCAAUCAAAGCGUCUCGUCUGUUUUCUGCUUCUUCCAGCUUUAGUUGUGCGCUCAGAGUUUCUGCUCGCUCCUGCAGCCGCAGCAGCUGUGAGCUAGGUGGCCGCACUCCCGCAUUUAUCACGCAGCCAGCCACGCAUCCAGGCAGGCAGCGCCGCGCAUGGGCUCCGUCCUGCGCACCGGGGGAUCUCCAGCAGCCGCAGCCGACAGGAGCGCACUGCCAUCCGGCUUGGGAGCAGCGCGCAUCCCGCCUGGACUCUCCCUCUGAAACACUCAGCUUUUUCUUUUCUUUUCUUUUUUCUUUUCUUUUUUUGGUGGGUUUUUUUGCGGCUGGAAAAGAAGAGCGAGUGAGUGCGGAGUGAGGGGGGGAAACACGCGAAAACACUCCCCUCUUCUCUUCUUUUUAUUUCCUGUCAGUUUGUUUUAUUUCCUGCUGCCAGAAACCAGGAACCGGGACUGAAGCGAGCCGCAGCUCGGAGGAUGAAGCCGAACUAGCCCCGCUGGUCGCGGCUCCGCGCUCGUUUUUCUGGAUUUAUUCCGCUGUGGAGGGAAAAAAAAGCAGAAGAAGCGACCCGGUGCGCACAGAGCCCCUCUACUCUUCCUCUUCCUCUUCCUCUCCUCUUCCCCCCUCCUGUCUCCUCUCCAUCUCUCUGUCCGUCUGCUGUGUCCAUGUUUGUAGGUGAUUUAGCUAAAAUGCACCAUCAUCAGCAGCGGAUGGCCGCGUUGGGGACGGACAAGGAGCUGAGCGACCUGCUGGAUUUCAGCGCGAUGCCAAACAGCGAUUUGAAAAUGUUCCCAACAUCCAUGAUGUUUUCCCCUCCUGUUAGCAGUGGAAAGAACGGACCCACCUCCCUGGGGAGCGGACAUUUCUCCGGCUCAAGUAUGGAGGAAAGAACAAAUGCAGCUUCAUGGGCGAGUGGAAGUCGCUCCUCUAAGAGUUACGCCGACGGAUCGCAGUUCAUGGCGUCACAUGACAGCCUCUCGCCUCCGUACUCAAACUCCAGGCUAACAGGUAAAUCGGAGAGGAGUUCUUACCCGUACGGCAGGGAGUCCAACCCACACUGCCAUCAGGCGGUUCUGGGCGGCGAGCUGGCGAUGGGCAGCCCCAGCGCGGCGUCGCCCACCAAGCCGGCGGGUCAGUACUACCAGCACUACGGGUCCAACCCGCGCAGGAGAGCGCUGCACAUGGACGCCAUGGAGGUCCACACAAAAAAAGUGCGGAAGGUCCCUCCCGGCUUGCCGUCCUCAGAAACGUCUCCGUCUGACCCAGAGCGGCCGUCCUCGGCGAUCCGCCGCCGCCCGUCUCUGAGCGGCUACUUCCUGCCUCGCCGGCGCCCCCUCCCUCCGCGCCUCAGAUGUGGUUUUGUUUAAAGUUGACAGCGUUAAUUAAAUUAAGCCGGGUCUUGCAGAAGGCGCAGUAGGAGAGCCGGCGGUCCCCGGUGGGCCGUGGGCGGAUCAGGACCGGGGGCAGAGCUGCGGUUCGGUGAGCCACACUGCCCCCCGCAGGCCGCCCCUGGGACAGCAGCUGAGUCUGAAGAGACGUUUCCAGUCUGAGCUGCAGUUUGGGUUUUCCUCCUGACUCCCAGCGGAGCCGGUUGGAUCUGAGGUCCGUUCUUCCACUGCGCGCCGGAUUGUUGUGCAGAAACAGGAAGAGGAAUUUAGAGCAGCUUAUUGUUGCCUGAAUCAUCUGGCAUCCUGUUAUUUCUGCCCGUUGGUCUGAACGAUUCCAGUUCAGUUUGAUGCUGCUGCAGAAAGAAACACUUUAAAAUAAAACACAGUUACAUUUAUUAAAAUAUGAGUUU